AUGAGCAGCUGGACCACGCAAACCUUGCUUGCGUUGGCAACCAUUCCAAUUGUGGGAUCCGCAUAUGGUGAACGAAACCUAUUCUUGGGUCCGCCUGGUUUCUCUGAGCCUGCAUUAGCCCCAUCUCUUGCACCAUCAGCCUAUACAGCAGGCCCUAUUAAGAGUGUCUGGAAAGAAGGGUACUAUAAUAACCCUACAGGCACUGCUGAACAGCCCCAGCCCCGCGUCACGGACCCUGUAAGCGGUCGUUUAUUCGACCAAAACCUAUCUUCUCCAGUGUUCUACCCUAGAAACAACACACAAGACCCAGCCGUUUUCCCGCCAACCCCACCCGCGGAUCAAUUAUACACGCUGUUCUUGAAUCAGCUUACAGAAAUAAUAGAAACACCAUCAUUCGGUGGAGGAUGUGGCAGUUGCUUGGCGGCUUUUCAGGUUGGACAGGUCAUUGCCCUGACAAACCCCCAUCUAGUCACUGAUCUCCUGGUAUCCUUGUGUGAGAAGUAUCAGUAUCAAACGGACUGUCGUGAGCGGUAUUAUCCCUCGCGGUUCGGAGCUAUCAUAACCCAAGUCCUCGCUAACGCAAAUUUAAGUGGUUAUGGUGGCCAGAUCAUUUGUUCCCAGUUCUUUCUGAAUACUUGCUCCCACCCGCCUCCGCCAACUCUUAACUUAUCCUCUUGGUUUUCUAAGCCGAAACCCUUGGAUGCUGCCGCACCCAUCCCUUCCACUGGUGGCAAAAAACUGAAAAUCCUCCAUAUAUCCGACCUCCACCUUGACGUCCGAUAUGCCACCGGCUCAGAAGCUCAGUGUGCUUCAGGCUUGUGUUGUAGGCUAGAAGUCGACCCAACAAAAAUUCCUGAAAAGCCCAUAUUCCCGGCGCCACGAUACGGGGCGUUUGAAUGUGACACGCCCCUGUCCUUGGCAUUAGCCGCACUAGAGUCUAUACCAGUUUUGACGGACACAAAGGAAGGAGGAUUUGACUUUAGUAUCUACACAGGAGAUCUUGUCUCACACGAUGAAAUCGCCGAACAGAGUCGUGAUUACACUCACUUAUCAGAGGUCCUUGUGUAUGAGCUUCUCCGGCAGCAACUCAACUCUGGGCCAAUCUACGUGGCUGUGGGCAAUCACGACAGUUCCCCAACUGAUCAAGUCGGUCCUACAAAGGCGUCAGACUACCUGAACACACUAGACAAGGGACUCGCGGAGCAAUUCAACUAUCAUUAUGAAUAUCUUUCGAAACUCUGGAGCCACGAGGGGUGGCUGAAUGAUGCCGCGAGUCAAUUGGUGAGGACCCAUUAUGGAGGCUACAGCGUUCAACGCGGUGGGCUUCGAAUUAUCACGUUUAACACUGAUUAUUGUAAGUACCCACCAAACUAUUAUAACUACAUCAACCCUGAAUCGAGUGAUUCAGGGGGGGCGUUGCGUUUCCUCACGGAUGAGCUACAAGCUGCGGAGGAUACUGGCCAAAGAGCUUGGAUCAUUGGGCAUGUGCCUUCUGGAUGGGACGGGACGAAUACCAUGCAUGCGUCGUCUAAUCUAUGUAUAGUCGACCGAUUUUCCCCUCAUGUCAUCGCGGGUAUUUUCUAUGGACAUACACAUGAAGAUCAGUUCAUGGUUUAUUACGCGAACAAUGGUUCUGUCAUCUCUGGCGAGCAUGCGUUGGCGGCUGCAUGGAUGGUUCCAAGCCUUACGCCAUUGGGUAACCUGAACAGUGGGUUCCGAAUGUACGAAGUUGAUGCGGAGACUUAUGAGAUUAUUGAUGCCCACACAUGGUAUUCGAACGUCUCUUCGUACCCAGGACUUGAUUCUCAGGCUGAACAUGGUCCAACGUAUACGUACGAAUAUUCGGCGCGCGAAGUGUACGGAAAAAAUAUUUCGUGGCCCGGUAGUGCUCCGCUAAACGCGACUUGGUGGCAUAGAGUCACAGAACAAAUGGAAGCCAACCCAGAUCUUGUAGAGACCUUUACGACCUAUCAGGGCAAACGAAGUGUCCGGACGCCUUCGUGCGUCUCCAAGGAAUGCGUUGCCGCCAAAAUUUGUUACAUGCGAAGUGGGAGCGCUCCAAUAGCGCGUCAGAACUGUAUUCCGGGAUACGGUUCCGUUCAACAUGGUUAG